AUGUGCGGCAUGAGGUUGGCUGGAGUGCCAGGGGUGACGGAAAACAAUCACGUCUCGUGGUGCGGCAGCGACGUGACCAAACGUUCCAUCGACGUGAUGAAAUCGGAGUGCGUGCACGUCAUCAAAGGUAUCGGGGCGAAGUUGCCCCUGGCCGUGCAGAGAGGCCUCAUCGCUCGAAGGCCCCCCGAGCGGCUGCUGGAAGUUGGCAAGCCCAAGUUGAGGCGCGACGAGGCGGGGGCUUCACAUUUGGUUCUGAAGCUCCAUGGUUCUUAUCCUCUGUCGCCAGCUCACGUUCCAACUUGA